AUGUCCAAAUCGAGAACUGCCUUCUCCUGGCUGCCGACCACAUUCGUCACCCCGCCCUCGAUGCCUAAUCUCAAUGCAGCUACUCAAAGGACUAUUCAUCCCUUUCGAUUCGUCUCUCUCGCCGCUCUCCUGCCACGCUGGGCGGCUCGCUAUAUCCUACCAAAAUCGUGCUGGUCCCUCAAAGAGUGUAUCGGUGUUCAGAUGGUUCACUGCAUGACGCUUAUCGUUUCUCUAUGCGGUAUUCCGGUCCAAUCAACGGACAAGACACGCCAAGUGAGCGAAGCGGAGCUGAAAACGACUUCCUUCGUUUGGCUUGAACCUGCAGUCGACAGUUUGAUCAAGGGUGUAGCUAAGGAUGGGAAAGUCGGACCGAUGAGGAUUUCCGGAUACGUUUGGCCGAAAGGGAGCCCUUUGAUGCAGGGAGAACAUGUUAAUGGCCUGAGUAUUUUGGAGAAUGAGGCAUUCGCGAAGAAUAUCAUAGAACACAGUCAAGUUAAGCACGUCCUCUGCGUUGUUCCCAUUUUGUUUCCGUGGACGAAUUCCGAUGGUACAAGCCAAUCAACGGUCGAUUACCGCCCGGUGCAUGAAUCCUGUCACCCUGCACAAUUUCUGGAUGCGAUAUCUGCCUAUUCCUACCUGCCAGAUAUCUCUACGAAGAGAAAGAAAGUCCUACCCAUGCCGGGUGCCCUGAUGGUUUUUUUCGCCUUGGCUGGAUAUGGGGCUCCAAAAGAAUCUUAUACUGGCUAUCCCAAAAAUUUCAUCUCCAUUGGUGAUGCCGAGGCUUACCAAAGAGAGCGUGAGCAACUUGCUGAGCAGAUGAGAGGUGGAAGUGUCGACGUAACACCCGAUGUACAAAAGGAUGUUGUACAUGAUCUCUUCGGAAUGGCGUUGCCUGUCAUUCCGUCUGAGAUAGCGCGAGCUCAGGUUUUGGAGAAUGGACAGCGUGGCUCCAGGAACACGCCGCCUCCAUUGAGAAGACAAUAUUAUGACAGCACUACAUACAUUACGGUGCAUAACUUCAAUAUUCCGACUACAAGUCGUAUCAAUGCCAGCGUCGUGAAGGAUAAUCAUUGCAUAUGGGAUCUUCGAGGCCCAGAGAAAUGGACUCUCAUGACUAUGGGCGUGACCAUCGGGUAUAGGCACAUCAACUUCGGUACCUGGACUGGUGACCAUCUGUUCUGA